UCUAAAAGCAGCACCAUGCCGGGCUUGAUCAACAAAGGGAAACGGAGUGCUUUACCGCUCAGCAUCUCUGAAAUCACUUCCUGUGUCAGGGGUUACACCCUGGCGAUGACGGCCUCCAUGACUUACAACAAUAUCGAGGACCACCCUAUUGAAGGUAUCUUCAUCUACCCCUUGGAUGAAUGUUCAACAGUGGUGGGAUUCGAAGCCAUGAUAUCCAGCCAGAUUGUUACAGUGCAGAUCAAAGACAAGGCCAAAAUUGAUGACUGUUACUUCGACUGCUGCACGGUAGCUAAUGGAGCUUUCCAGAGCGGAAGUGGUCACAUAGUGCUGGACGAGGACCUGGAGCGGACCGUGCUGGUGGUCAACCUCGGCAUCAUCCCACCCCUGGAGACGGUGAAUGUGCUGGUCAGCACGUCCUCUGAGCUGAGCACCCUCCCCAACGGUGGCAUCCGGGUCAGCUCACCGCCCGUGUGCACACCCAAGGUCCAACGGUCCAUCAACGAGGAGCACUGCCUCUCCCCGCACCUGGCCAGAACGAGGGACAGACACCACUGUGCGCUGGGAUCGCAUGACCAGACCUCCACCAAUAGCCAGCUCUGCCUCGCGUGGCUGCUGGAGGAGGAGUCAAUCAACUCCAUCGACUACGAGUUCAGCUUCCAGCUGGAAAUCCGAGGCCCCUGCCUUCUUGCAGGUGUGGAGAGCCCCACGCAUGCCAUUCGGGCUGACGCAGACCCGUUUGCCCGAUCCGCCACCAGCGUUGUCAUCACCCUGGCCGACAAGUACACCUACGACUGCCCCAUCGAGAUCAUCAUCUAUCCAAGUGAGCCUCACAUGCCACACGUCCUGAUCGAGGACGGGGACAUGACGCCCGAGGAGUACGACGAGCACCUGAAGGGGCGGAGUGACUUCAUCAAGGGAACCAAGAAGGACUCCAGCAACGAGAAGAAAGUGGAAAUCAUCCGCAAGCGCCUUCACAAGGACAUCCUCCACAACCCAGUGGUCAUGUUGAACUUCUGCCCCGACCUGAAGGCUGUGACCUCUGACCUCAGGACAGUCCAGGGAGAGUUCAUCUUCCUCAUCGACCGCAGCGGGAGCAUGAGUGGGGUCAACAUCAGCCGCGUGAAGGACGCCAUGGUGGUGAUACUGAAGAGCCUUGUCCCAGCGUGCCUGUUUAACAUUAUAGGCUUCGGCUCCACAUUCAAGACCUUGUUCCCCACCAGCCAGAGCUAUGGGGAGGAAACGCUAGCUGUAGCCUGUGAACACAUUAAGAAGAUUCGGGCUGACAUGGGCGGGACCAACAUCCUGGGACCGCUCAACUGGAUCCUGAGGCAGCCGCUGUACCGGGGCUACCCCCGGCUGCUCUUCCUGCUCACUGACGGAGCCGUCAGCAACACAGGGAAGGUCAUCGAGCUGGUGCGCAGCCACGCCCGCUUCACCAGGUGUUACAGUUUUGGGAUUGGUCAGAGCGCCUGCAGGAGGCUGGUGAUAGGGCUGUCCACUGUCUCCAACGGCACAGCUGAGUUUUUGGCAGAGGGUGAGAGACUGCAGCCCAAGAUGAUCAAAUCCCUUAAGAAAUCCAUGUCGCCGGUGUUGAGUGACAUUUCCAUUGACUGGCUGUUUCCCGAAACAAAGGAGGUGUUGCUCACCCCUGUGGGCACCACCUACCUGUUCCCCGGAGACCGCCUGAUUGGCUACUGUGUGGUCUGUGACACAACACGAUACCACUCCAACCCUAAGUCGGACAAAAGGAAAAGGUACAGCAUGAUGCGUUCGAACGAGUCUGCCAGCUCCGUGUUUUACCACUCCCAAGAGGAGGACCCCGGAAAGAUAAGCAGCGAGGCGCGGGCAGCGCUGAGGGAGGGGGCGGUCGGAUCCCUGUUCGACAGUUACCAGGAGACCGUGUCAGAAAGCACUCUUGUCACCACAGAGCCGGAAAUAAUGGGAAUGGAAGCCAAAACCUCUCCGAGAAGGCGAGCUUACAGCACCAACCAAAUUGUGGACUAUAAUCCAAUGAAGAAGGUCUACACUCCCAGUGACCCCAGCUCAGCAGUUGGGAAGAACCCGCUGAGAAGAGCCAAGGUCCAGGAGCUCAUUGGUCAAACCAGCCCUGACCACGGAGCCCAGUGGAUGACUGACUACCAGCCCCAGCUGGUGAGCCUGUGCGCCACGUCGUCCAGGGGCCGGGGUUCCUGCGGGCCCAAGCAUUCGCCACAGGACGGGGCUACCCCGGACCAGGAGCCGGACCCAAGCGCCAGCCAGCAGGGCGGGGCCCGCGGGGGGCAUAUGGAGGAGGGGUCGAGGUCCUCCACAGACAGCCCCUCCGUCAGCAGCAGUGGUGACCCAGAAGGCUACGCCCACCAGCUCUGCGAAAUCGAAACGGCCCAGGAGUCGCUCACCCCGGAUUCGAGCUCGGCCAAUCACGGGAGGCGGGACUGCAAGGCGGUGGUGUCGGGGCUGCUGUGUGGGAAGCCGGUGAAGUGGGAGGUGACCUUCGACAUCGAGCCCUACCUGAAGGGGAGGGAGCGGGAGGAGAAGGUGCACGAGGACCUGUGGAACGAGACCUUCCACCACCUGGCCGGCCGCUCCAUCAUCCAGGACUUCGAGCAGAUGGCAGAGAGGGAGUGCGAGAUCGAACACGGUUCUGGCCGGAGGUACCAGAGUUAUGCCAUUCAUACCAGCAAAGCGUGCAACAUCCUCAGUAAAUACACAGCAUUCGUGCCUAUCGACCUGGACACCAACGAUUACUUACAGACAUUUGUUGAGUACACAAGCCCAGGGGAGGCCACAAAGCCCACCAGCCAGGCAGGCUCGAGGUCUGGGAGUCGGAAAAACCGGGGCUACUCCAUCGGGCUCGGCCGCUCUCAGUCCGGGUGCAUGUCCGAAGGGGCCGAGGACAGCCUCGUACCCAUGAAUGUCGACGAUGGCGUGUCUCCCUGUAGCAGCCCCUCGUCCUCAGGCUGGGAGAGGUGCGGCUUCACUGAAGCCACUCAGAGGAGCCCCUCUGUGACCUCUGAGCACUCGCAGAGAUCGGUGGAGAGCCUCUUCUCUGGCAGACUAAGCCUCAGCAGAACGCGCCUGCUGACCCGAGCCGCCCGGGGCUUCAUGUGCCGCUCGCCCAGCAAAACCAGUGAAUCAGCGGCUGAGAGCGAGAACGAGAACAAGGACUACAUCCCCCUGGUGUCCCUGCAGUUAGCCUGCGGCGCAUUCCUUCUGAACAGCGCUCUCUGUGAGGCCAUCAACGUGCCCAUGGACAAGCUGAAGUGGACGUCCCCCUUUGCCAGCCACAGGGGCAGUCUUGCGCAUGUCUCACACUCCAGCAGCCGCAAAACGGAGAGCCAGGAUGAUGGGUCUCCCCUCAGAGAGGCGGCGGCCAGUGGCCACCACCCGGAGGAGCUGGGUGCCCCCCUGAAGGGUGAGCCCUCCUCUCUUUCGGCCCCCUUCCUCGGCCCCACCCCGGAGCCGCCUCAUUCGCCCGUCAACUCGCAGGCGGACAGCGGGCGGGGCUCGGAGUCGGAGGGGGUGGACACCCCCUCAGUAGGUCUGGCCCUCUCCCCCCAGGCUCUCCUGGAGCCGGAGGGGAUGGUGUGGGCCACAGCGGUUGCGCUGGCCUGGCUGGAGCAUAGUUCUGCCAGCUACUUCAUCGAGUGGGAGCUGAUUGCCGCCAAGGCAAGCAUGUGGCUGAGCGCCCAGGCCAUCCCCGAGGGCCGGGACCUGGCCACUGUCAAGGCGGCUGCCAACCAGCUCUUCAUCAUCCUCAGACACUGGGAGGACAACCUGCAGCUCAACAUGCUUUGUUACAACCCCAACAGCGUCUGAGCACGCCGGGAGCAGACUGCCCACA